AUGGGCGCCGAGAAACUGAUCAAGUCGGUCGCAAUCAUUGGCGCUGGCGCCUCGGGGACUAUCACAGCUGCCGCGCUCAAAGCAGAGAAUUAUUUUGACCGGAUUAGAAUCUUUGAGCGACGUGAGACGGCGGGUGGGACAUGGAUAUUUGAUGCCUCCCCAGGGCCAGAGCUUCCCAUAACCCCGGGAAAGCUACCUCCACAGAUCGAUCCGCCUCUGCAGAUUCCCGACCAGCUUCCCCAGGUCACUGCUCCAGUUGAGCAGGAGCGAUAUUCCAAGACACCAGUCUAUAACUCCUUGACAACAAACGUUCCUGAUAUAGCAAUGUGCUUUUCUGACGCACGAUUCGCAUAUGGACCGUUCCCACCACAUCAUGUCCCAAGGCAGUACUUGGAGAAUUAUGUCGCAACCCACGAGCUGGACGAGAAUUUAGUCCUGAGCACUACUGUUGAGGACGUAUCCCGGAUCCCACCGUCCUCAGAAACAGGUCUCGACAGGUGGAAACUGACACUGCGAAAACACGAUGCGCUGCGGCGGGUUGAUGUGUGGUGGACAGAAGAUUUUGAUGCCCUGGUCAUCGGAAACGGGCAUUACUCUGUACCAUUUAUCCCGCAGGUGGACGGGCUGGAAGAGUAUAUCAAGAAAUACCCAGGCCGUGUGGUUCACUCGAAAUACUACCGCUCGCCGACGGUAUACUCAGGGCAGAAGGUCCUGACGAUAGGCAACUCAGCGUCGGGCUCGGACAUCUUCAAUGAGCUCACCAAGACUGCUCACCUGCCGGUGUACAGUUCCCGCCGCCACAAGAGUCCGUUCGAAAGCGACAAGCCAUCGCCCGGCGUCAGCUGGAAACCCAUCAUAACGAAAUAUCACUCCGAUGGGACGAUUGAGUUCGAAGACGGCUCGACCCUGGGCCCCAACGACGUGGACAAGAUUAUUUACGCCACGGGGUACAGGCCGUCCUUCCCGUUCUGGAACGAGCGGAACAACGGCCGGCCCAUAUACGACUACGAGGUGGGAAAGCUGGUCAAUAUAUACUGGCACACCUUCUUCCACGACUUUCCGUCGCUCGCGGUCGUAGGCAUCGAGAAGGGCCUGACGUUCCGGAGCUUCGAGUACCAGGCGGUGGCGCUGGCGCGCCUGUUCAGCGGCCGCAACGCCAUCCCGCUGCCUCCGAAGCGGGAGCAGCGGCGGUGGGAGGAGGACAGGACGGAGUGGGUCAAGGCCACAGGCAAGAAGUUCCACGACAUCGAGAGCCAGCCGGGCCGGCUGGGCGAGGACUCGUUCAAGUGGCUCGGGUACCUCUACAGGCUCGCCGGCCUGGGCACGCUGACGGGUGACGGGCGCGUGCCGCCUGUGCUGAGCAAGGAGCUGCUUCAUGCAGUGAGGACGAUCCAUAAGUACCCGCAUUACGAUGAGGAUGCGGCUGAUGGAGAAAGCCACGGUUCGUCACUUGGUGGCAGGAGCACCAUCUCGACUAGAGCUCUCGCCAUAACCCAGAGCUCGCUUGCCCACCCGCCAGCCGCUCUGCAGAGCCUUCCUCGUCCCGCGAUCCUCCCGCGCACACACGCCCUCUCGAGAUGCUUCUCGCAGACCGCCGCGGUGGGCGGCAAGAAGAGCAAAGAAAGAAGGUCUAGCAAGCGAGCGGCAGAGCGGGAAGAGGCAGAGGACGCCGAAGAGGAAGUGGAAGAGGCGCCACCGCGGGGCCGCGCAAAGGAGAAGGCGGCGCAGCAGGCGAGCAGCGACUUCGACCGCGAGGCGGCCUUCGACCUGGCCGACGUGGAGGCCGAGUACGCGCGCGUGGACGAGCGGUUCGAGAAGCGGCUGCAGGAGUUCCGCGUCGGCGGGCGCUUCAACCCGGAGAUGCUGGGCCAGCUGCGCGUGCGGCCGGACCGCGACUCGGCCGAGACGUACCCGCUGCGCGAGCUGGCGCAGGUCGUGCACCGCGGCGGGCGCAGCGUCUCCAUCAUGGUCAGCGACGCCGACUACGUCAAGCCCAUCAUGUCCGCCGUGCAGGCCAGCGACGACUUCAACCAGCAGCCGCAGCGCGACCCGGACAACGAGCUCGAGCUGGUGCUGCGCAUCGAGCCCGAGAACCCCGAGGAGCAGCAGAAGCGCCUCCGCGGCGAGGUCAACGGCUGGAGGGACGCCGUCAGGGAGGUCAUGUCCGCGAGGAGACAUCGCCACGCCGCCUGGCUCAAGGAGAAGCACAUCACAAAGGACGACGUCAAGGCGCUGGAGAAGAAGAUCAAGUCCAUGCAGGACAAGAAGAUCGAGCAGGUUGACAGGAGCGAGAAGCAGAUGCUGCAGCAGAUGGCCAACAGGCAGAAGCGCCUGUGA